UACAGAGUUAGUGGAUCGAUUUUGAGAACGGAAAGCACUUUACUUCCUUCCUGUGCACAAACCCUGUGAGACUGGUCGAUCCAAGGAUUUGUUUUAUUCCUCCAUGAUCCAACUAUUUUCUAUGUAAAUGCUCCCAUAUUUUCCUCGUUAAACUUGACUGUUUUGGAGAAAUCCUAUAUUGUUGGGCGCGAUCGGUUGUUCCCUGUUGCGUGUUGGGCUUCACCUGCCAGAAAACUAUAGCCUCGUGACUUUCUACUGGCCGCUAGCAUUAGUUGGAUAGAAUUGCCGAGUGUGUGAUGGCAUCUGAAAACAAGGCUGCAUGUAGGUCUCCCUGCACACCCGAGGAUCUUAUUUUCAUAGUCCAGGGUGGAGAUGGUUUCUGCAUUGUAAUGCCUUCGAGAUCCUGUGACGAAGUCUACCCGAAUGUCUUCAUAAGCGAAAAGAGCUUUGCCCUGAGCAAAGAAUCGCUGAAGAAAGCUGGUAUUACUCAUAUCUUGAACACAGCACAGGGCGUUGGAUUUGGCCAUGUUGACACAGAUGAGGAGUACUACAAGGACACAGGGAUAACAUUCAAGGCCAUUAAGGCUUCAGAUAACCUUAAGUUCAACAUCUCUGCCUUCCUGUAUGAUACAUCCAAUUACAUAGAAAAUGCUCUGGAGAAUCAAGGCAAGAUUCUUGUUCACUGCGUGGAAGGAUUCAGCCGUUCAGUGACUGUUGUUGUCGCCUUCCUGAUGAUCAAGCGUGGCAUGGAUGUACGUGAUGCACUCAGGACUGUUAGGGCAAAGCGGGAAGUAUGCCCAAAUGACUCAUUCAUGAAACAGCUAUGCGAGUUGAAUGCAAAACUAUCAGAGGAAGGGCUGUGAUGAACAUGCAACAUUUCCUGGUUUUGUUUUUUUAUUUUAUGUCUUGUGCAUUACAAAUUGAAAAACACUGAGAGUUCUCCCCAUGAUUUCCCGGUUGUAACCUAGUGUUGAGUUCCAAUUGUUGGUAUUGAGGAAACUAGUCAAAUACUAUGCUGCAGCAGCAUAAUCUAUGUUCUCCUGAAAAGAUUUUCUGUAGAUUAAAUCUCACUGUCUGAAACGUUGCUUUAUUUUGCUCUAUGCAAAUAUUGAUAUUGUAAUUAGGCAUGUGAUACUUGAAAUUUCCAUUUUAUGAGGGGACUUAUUGUAGGGCUCUCUUGGAGUGCAUUUUGUCAGAUUUCUCACAAUAAGUGCAUUACUUGUGAAAAUUAGAAAAUUGGUAAUUAAAGCAGAAUAAGUAAAUCAGGGUUCUUCUUUAGUCAUAUCCAGGUUAUGUACAAAAUCAGUUUCACAACAUUUCAUUCACAAUGACUGGCUUACAUGUAUGUGCAGCAUUCUAUCCAAACAGGAUGUUUGUUAUCAAAAGGAUAAGUUUCAUUUCUUUGGGAGCAAAAUGUGCAUUAGAAAAUAAUACUGGCCACAUUGAAGUAUGUACACAUUCCUAAUAGACUGAUAUUAUAAAUGUGGACAGGUUUGAAAAGACUCAAUUUUUUUAUAAACUUUGAUAUACAUGUACUGUAUUGAGUUGUGGCUGACUAUGAAUUAUGUCAGUAACUUAAGGAAAAUCCUUUCCGAGGUUUUUUCUAUUGGAAGAUUAAUAAUCUUGACUGGUAGGCAGUGGUAACCACAAGGCUGAAUGACAGAAGAUGUACAUGUAGCCACGAUGCGGUCAAGUUUAAAGCAUGUAAAGAUGUUAGAGAGAGCUGCUGGACCAUCCAUGUAUGAUCAUGGCUUCACAAGUGUUGAUCAUUGUGGAGGAAGAAAAACUACAGAGCCUUGAGAGGAACCCUUGUGGUUCCAAGAAUCAUUAAACAACUCUAGUCACGAGGCUAAUGCCAGGCGUUGAAACUGGGUUCUAUACAGUAAUUGUGAGAGGUGUGCUGUACUCACUGUAGCACCCCAUACUGUGCAGUGUUUGAAAUGUGUGGUCUGUCCUCAAAGAAGGUAUUUUCCUAUUUUCACAGUUAUAAAAGGAAAAUUUGAAAAGUAAAUUUGAGUAGUCCAUGAGUUUUGUGUUAUUUUUUGUAUUUAGUUAAGUGCAAAAACUAUUAUGCAAUAAUGUUCGCACCAGCACACUGUGUGUUAUGUAGAAGGAUAAAAUUUUGUGCAUUCUGAAGUACAUUUUGUACUGUUAAGAAUGAAAUACAUUUUAUUCUAUUAAAGACUUAUUGAAACCAAAACUGAGGAAAACCUUCAGUUGUGUAAAUGAAUGUUUCCAGAGCAGAAGGGCUGAAAUGCCUUCAUUAAACAUUGCCAGUUGACUGAA